AAACACGUCUUUUCCAGAGGAUGAUUGGUCUUUCCGCCAUUGCAAAAAGGAAAUUAAAUAGUAGAGAACAAUUUUCCGUUUCUCGCGGAUGCAAUUGUUCAGGACAGCUUCAUGAGUACUGUUAUAGCACAGUGUUCUUCUAUCCUGUGCCUAUAUAAUCUUCAUGAUUACAUAACAUUCUCCCAUGGUCUCAUUGCACUUUCUGAGCUAAAUCACCCUGCUACUUUCUUUGCAAUCUCCAUUUCCCUCUUGGCUUUCAUUUCCAUUUCCUCUGUUUGUGGAGCUAAUGGAGUCUUUUGAAGGCAUGGUUGAUGAUACAAAGGUGGCAAGGGAUGGAAAGGACGCAAUCAUUGUAUCAGCUUCCAGGAAAGCCCCAAGUUUUGACCAGCCAGGAGAUGAAUGUGCUGGAGUUAGCAUAGAAGAAGGGACACACAACUCUGAAGCCAAAUUGGAACCGCCAUGUGGGAAAACAACAUGCAAAACAAGGUCAUCAAGUAUCCGAUCCUUGGUUAAUAUAGAGAGUAGUGCAGUGAGCCUUGAUGACAUAGAUUCUGUUCGUAUGGGGGCUUCCAUCAAUGAUAUAGGCUCAUCUACCUUACAUCCUGAUGUCCCCUUACCUUCAGAUGAUGCUUCAGAUGGCUUAACUCUACAAAUUAAUAGCGGAAAUUAUCCAACAAGUCAGUCUCAGCCAGCUCAUGAAGAUACAGAAUCACGCACUCGGAGGAAAAUACAAUAUGAACCCACAUUACCAAUAUGUCUAAAGUUCGAAGAUGUUAAAUAUAAGGUACCAGUUAAAGGUGAAAAAAUCUCAGAUGCAGAGAAGUAUAUACUCCAUGGAAUAAGUGGGUCGGUAUAUCCAGGAGAGGUUCUUGCUCUGAUGGGACCAUCAGGAGGGGGGAAAACAACUCUUCUUAAUGUACUUAGCGGAAGAGUAAAAUUUGACAGUGGUACCAUCACUUACAACGAUCAACCAUAUUCCAAGUCACUGAAGCGGAGGAUUGGUUUUGUACUGCAAGAUGAUGUUACCUUUCCUCAUCUUACAGUCAAGGAAACUCUAACAUAUGCUGCUCUGCUCCGUCUCCCCAAUACCUUAACUAUGCAGCAGAAAAAGGAAAGGGCUAUGAGUGUUAUUAGCGAGCUAGGCCUUGAAAGGUGCCAAAAUACAGUGAUUGGUGGCACAUUUUUGAGAGGAAUUUCUGGUGGUGAGAGAAAAAGGGUCUGCAUUGCCAAUGAAAUCCUCCUCAACCCAUCACUUCUAUUCUUAGAUGAACCAACAUCAGGUCUGGAUUCAACAACUGCGCUUCAAAUUGUUCAGAUGCUACAUAACAUUGCACAGUCUGGCACGGCAGUAGUGACAACAAUACAUCAGCCAUCUAGUAGACUAUUUAGUAAGUUUGACAAGCUGAUUCUCUUGGGCAAAGGCAGCUCCUUGUACUAUGGAAAAGCCUCAGAAGCAAUGCUAUAUUUCUCCUCAAUUGGUUGUUCUCCACUCAUAGCCAUGAAUCCAGCAGAGUUUCUUAUUGAUUUGGCCAAUGGAAACAUAAAAGACAAAUCGGUUCCAUCAGAUUUCGAGGACAGGUUUCUGCCAAGAAACAGAAGUCUUGAUAUGAAAUAUGGAGGGCCUUCCCAAGUUGAUGUCCAUGAGUAUCUGGUGGAGGCUUAUGCAGAGAGGGUAGAAAAGUUGGAGAAGACAAAGCUCCUACAACCUGUCUUAGAUGCUGAGCCUGAGAUGCAGACUAGGUUGAAUUCAAGGGAAUGGGGUGCAACUUGGUGGGACCAGUUCUCAGUUCUCUUUAAAAGGGGCUUUAAGGAGAGACGCCAUGAAUACUUCAGCUGCAUGCGCGUAACCCAAGUUUUAUCUACUGCUAUAAUCAUGGGUUUACUUUGGUGGCGUUCUGAUGCUUCAUCUCCUAAGGGACUUGAGGAUCAGGCAACUAUCUGUUACAUGCUUAGAUUGGUUUUGGUCACACAGGAUUUCUGUGAAAAUCUUUUCUUAUAUUUUGUAAAUAUUCGAGUCUGUUUAUUAUUGUUAUUCCAAUGCAUGCAGGCAGGGCUGUUAUUCUUCAUUUCGGUGUUUUGGGCUUUCUUUCCUAUGUUUACUGCCAUUUUCACAUUCCCUCAAGAGAGAGUGAUGCUAGCUUUGGAAAGAUCUGUAGGCAUGUACAGACUCAGUGCCUUUUUUUUGGCCAGAAUGACUAGUGAUCUUCCUUUGGAUCUCAUAUUUCCGGUAGCGUUCCUUGUGAUCGUCUAUCUUAUGGCAGGCUUGAAGCCAACAAUUACAGCAUUUUCUCUUACAAUGCUUACUGUUUUCGUAAGUGUUGUUGCAUCCCAGGGUCUUGGCCUUACUAUAGGAGCAGCAUUAAUGGAUGUGAAGAAAGCAGCAACAUUGGCUUCUGUUAUUAUAAUGGCCUCGAUGUUAUCCGGAGGAUUCUUUAUCCAGAAAGUCCCAGCAUUUAUGUCGUGGGUAAGAUACAUCUCAUUUACAUAUCACACAUACAGGCUGUUACUCAAGAUUCACUACGGUUGUGCUGGUUCGGAUACUGGAUCAGGUUCAUGUAACUCUCCCUUCAAAGGAUUACGACUUGAUUGGGACGCCCGGGAAGUUGGUACUAUGAUAGCUAUAAUUGUAGGAUAUCGGCUACUAGCCUAUGCAUUCUUAAGGAGAAUGAAAUUAAUGACGAUGACUUAGUACAUGCCCUUCAAUACUGUUGACUUAUAGACGUCAGCUUGGUGGUAGCCAAUAAGUAGGAAGAUGUUACUCCCUCUGUUAAAAUCCUCAAUAAGUUGAAAUUGGUCAGCGUUUUAAAGGCAUCUCUUGCUUUACAAGCUGCCUUCUUCCCCCACGCUAAAAUAGGAAGAUUCUUAAGGAAAAUAAACGUUCUAUUUACAACCAAUUUAUAAUAUAUAACGGCGGCUGAAUUAGUGUUUGGCUUGUA